UGGAUAGCAGGCACAGGCAGGAAUCCGCCAUGGCCUCCCCCUCUAGGGCCAUCGCAUUCAAAUGCUCUUCCUCUCUCGCCUUUUCUUCAAAAACGCGGAUGGACUCCAAACCCAGAACCCUCCAUAACUCAUUUUCAAGUUCAAGCGCUGCUCCAAGAGAAGCUACUGAAGCCUCUAUCACAUUGCAGGAAUGGCAGGGCUGGGGCACCACCUCCCCUGUGCCCGCUUUGGUCACCAAAAUUGUUCAGGAUUUGAAGGUUUUGGAGAAGGCUACCGAUGCACGAAUGAGCUUUGGCGGCAGUGGUGGCAAGCUUCAGGGAGAUUUUAAAGUGCAGGAGGAUAGAAAACACAGGAAGACAUAUAAGGCUUUAGGUGAUUCUGAACAAAAGCUUCAGUUUUUCUCAGCUCGACAAAUAGCAUGCCGCGUGCUUGGGAGUAGAGGCUACCUUUGUCAAAAGUGCUGGCUACCUUUGGAAGAUUGUAUGUGUGCAAGAAUAGUGAAGUACCCUCUUUGGCCUCGAAUGCGAUUCUGGUUAUAUAUGCAUCCAAAGGAUUUCUUAAGGCAGAACAAUACUGGAAAGUUGUUGUGGCAAGUAUUUGGCACUGAAGCUGCAACUUUGUGCCUCUUCGGCAUCGUGGAACAGGAAGAAAUAAUGUGGGAUGCAUUUAAGCUUGCAGGAAAAAGCAAUGUGUGGUGCCUCUAUCCCAACAAAAAUGCUGUGGUAACAUCUGUUCAGGAUGUAUUUGGCCAAGAAUCUUCAGCUGAUCUGGAAUGUCCAUAUACGAAGAUAAAUGAAGACAGAACUCUAAAUUUCAUUUUGAUCGAUGGAACAUGGAACAAUUCUGUUGCAAUAUUUCGUCGUCUGAAGGAUCAAGCAAAGUUAAUAUGGGGAGGAGAGGACUUCCCUUGUAUUUCCCUUGCUACUGGUGCUUCUGCAAUGCAUAAACUUAGGCCCCAACCAUCAUUGGAUCGUACCUGUACAGCAGCAGCAGCUAUUGGCCUCCUCUCCGAGCUGCAUCUUCUUCCAGAGUUUAGCUCCCAUGGAUUUGAUAAGAAGGCUGAAGCUGUGGAGGAUGCUUUAGUUGUAUUAUUAGAGGCUUUAACAACUAGACGACUUCGGAUGGGCAGGUCCAUCAGUCGUACAGUGAGACAUAACAGCGAUUUUUGUUAACUGAUAAGUCUAAUGGUUGCCCUGAUAAGUGAUAGCUGGAGAAAAUAUUUUCGAGAAUGCGAGGUAAUCACACCAUUUUUGUGACCUUAUAUGAGUGCACACUGUGCUUAUAGAAUGCGGUUGGCUGAUUGAUAGUGGAAAUAUGUGGUCGCACAUGUACAACAUGAAAAUACUUGAUACAGUAAGAUCAGAAUCGUAUGAGAAGCUGACUUCUCUUCUUUGUUCUUAGUUUCGAUCUGUUGCAUAUUACGUAAUUGUUUGCUGGCAAGCAUCCAU